CUCGUCCUUUAUGUCGCCCAAAUUCUUAUAUCACGACAAUGGAGACUUUCAAAAUACAAGCUGCCGCCGCGCGUUCCAGGUGUCCCUUUCAUUGGCAACACUUUCCAGAUGCCCCCUAAACAACAAGGACCAUGGGCAAAGGAUUUGGCAGACAAAUAUGGUGAAAUGUUCACAUGCAAAAUCGGCGGCUAUGACUGGGUGUUUUUGAACUCUUCUCGUGUUGUAACAGACUUGCUGGAGCGUCGUGCCGCUAUCUACUGUUCCCGCCCGCCAUUCCCCAUGACCCAGGGGAUCAUGUCUGGAAACUCGCGUAUUGUGCUAAUGCCAUACAAUGAACGCUGGCGAUUGCUGCGCAAAAUCAUGCACCAGAUCCUGAGCCAGAGGCAGAAGGAGAUUUACAAACCCUACCAGGAUCUCGAAUCAAAGAAUUUGCUGUACGAUUAUCUGCAUAAGCCGGACCGAUGGUUUGCGGCAAACGGAAGAUAUGCGAAUUCGGUCAUUAUGAGCGUGGUAUUUGGGACACGGUCCGAUCUUGAUAAUCCGGAUGUAGUAGAGCUGUUUGAGACGCUUGAGCUGUUCUUAGAGAAUCAGCAGCCGGGUAUGAAUCUUGUGGAUGGAUUUCCUAUCUUAGAUCGACUCCCUCACGCUCUGCAAUGGUGGCGACCUCGUGGGCAAAGGAUCUUCGAGAAGACUCGGGCUGUUUACAAACGAGCCCUGGAAAAGGUCGAGCGGAAUACGGAGAAUGGUACACAGAAAGAUUGCUUCGCCAUGGACUACAUGAAGAUCAGCAAAAAGGAGGGCAUUGACGAGACGCAAAACCUCUUCGUGCUUGGUACCCUCAUGGAAGCCGGUAGCGACACCUCCCGCGUUUCUCUUGGCCAGAUCAUUGCCGGAGCUGCCACGUACCCAGAUUGGGUUGUGCGGGCACGCCAACAACUCGACGACGUAUGUGGCCAUAAUGCGGAGCGACUCCCAGGUUGGGGCGACCGCGACACACUGCCAUACAUCGCAGCGGUCGUCAAAGAGGGCUUCCGGUGGCGGCCUAACAUUGCAGAGAUUGGGGCGCCGACGUCGCUGAUUCAAGAUGACGAAUACGAAGGCUACAAGUUCCCUGCCGGCACCGUCUUUGUCUGGAAUGCGUGGGCGAUUGCGCUAAGCGAAAAGGAAUAUCAUGAGCCGGAGCGCUUCAAUCCAGACCGUUUCUUAAAUGAAGAUCUUCACAAUCCGCUAAAGGGACACUGGGCGUUUGGACCGGGCCGCCGUGUAUGUGUUGGCUGGAGUGUAGGAGAGAUGAACGUCUGGAUCGCAAUCGCGCGACUUCUCUACUGCUUUGACUUCGAGGAGGACAAGGACCAACCCAUCGACACCAUGACCAUUCCACAGAUAACGCACAACCAAGCUCCUUUCGCAGUCAAGAUCAAAGUCAGGAGUCCGCAGCAUGCUGCACUCAUUGAGCGGGAUUGCAUGGCUGCUGUCAACACGAAAUACUGA